AUGGCGGCGCUGCCGGCCUGGAAGCGGGCCAUCCUGGAGCGCAAGCGGGCCAAGCUGGCGGCCGGCGUGGAGCUCGGUCCGCUCCCGCCGGCGGGGCCCGUGGCGGCGGCGGCGCCCAGGGACGGGUCAGCUCCGGGCGAGCGGCUGGUGGUGGCCGAGAGCCUGGGGCCCCUGCGGGAGAACCUCUUCAUGCGGCUGGAGAGCGAGCGCAGGCGGCGGCGGCGGCGCCUCCCGCCUCCGCUGCCGCCCCCGAGGCCGCCGCCGGCCCCCCCCCCGGCCUCGCCGGAGCCGCCGGCCCUGGCGCACCUGCUCGAGCUCUACGGCUCCAUGCCCGGCAUCCGCACCAUCCGCGCCGACAACAUCCUCAUCAUCGAGUCCCGCGAGGCCACCGCCAGGCCGCCGAAGGGGGCGCCCGAGACCCCGCCGGCCGCGCGCCCCCCUCCCGCCCGGGGCCCGGCGCCGCGGCCCCUCUCCGCCCGGGGCGGCGCCGCGGUCACUGAGGUCCGAGCCGCCGAGGUCGUCGUCUACGAGCCGGCCCCGCCCCGGUCACCCUCCGGGCCCGGGCCGGUCGCCCCCGCGCAGUCCGAGCCCGGCCGAGUCAGCCGCCUGCUGCAGAAGUUCGAUCAGCGGCCGCCCGGCGCCCACCCGCCCCGAGCGAAGUGGCGGGGCGGCGGCGACGUCCCGCGCCCGGAGCCAGCGGUGCCAAACGCCUGCGGGGCGGCGGAGGAGGAGGAGCCGGUGGUGGCCCCGGCGCCGCUGUCCCCGGCCGCCGCCCACCCGGGUUCCUGGCGCAGCCUGCAGCCCGGCCCCAAGCACUUUGUGCAGAAGAUCGGCUCCAAUUCGUUCGUGGUGAACCCGCGGGGCCACCGCCCCCCGAGCCCCGCCGCGUCUGCGCCCGCUGCUGCCAGGCCUGCGCUGAGCAAUGGGCCCACGGGCCCGGAGGAGGAGGGGGCUGGGCUGCCUGCGCUGCUGCCCGCGGAGCCCGGUCCCCAGGCGGCAGCCCCCGUCCUCCAGCCCGUGCCAUGUGCCACAGCAGCGCCCUCUCCAACGCACGCCAACUCGUGGAAGCCAAAGCCCGAGGGAGCCGUUGAAGCCGCACCAUCCAGUGCCAGCCCGGAGAGCGGUGCCGCCACCGGCUCGGCCCGGCCCACGCCACGGCUCUUGAACUCCAGCUGCUCCUUUGAGAUCUACUCGGCGCCCCUGCCAGACCUGGCCGCCAUCCCUGCUCACGAUCUCCAAGCCCAGGCGCUGGCCAGCCUGCGCCUCAACUCCCGCAACUCUUUUCUCUUUGUGCCCCGGCAGAGAAGAGACGCACCCGAGCCUGCAGAAACCCCCUCGCCGUUGCCAGGAGGGGCCCUGCCCGCUGGUCCCGAGAAGCCGCUGGAGGCCUUGGUGCCUGUAACUUACAUCGAUGAGGACUUGGGGGAGCUGGGCUCCGGCCACUUGCCCCCCUUGAAAGUCCUGAGUCCAAGGCUGGAGGGCUUUGAUGUGCCCCAGGAAAGUCCCUUGUCCCCUGAUAUGGAGGAUUCUGCUGUGCCCACCUAUAGGCCCCACCUCGCCGGCUUUGCCACCUUCUCUCAGAAAGAUAGUAACACCUUUACUGUAGUGCCGAAACAGAAGCCCCCCAGGAAUGGAUUGGAGACCUUCAGCAGGGCUUCGUUGCAGGAGGAGGAGGAGGAGGAGGAGGAGGAAGAAAGCUUCUUGAAAGCCAGGAAUGAUGUGCCCCGCAAGGACCCAGCUCAGCUGCUGAAAAAGCGCUACCCCACCGUGAACGAGAUCGAGGUGAUCGGGGGCUACCUCUCGUUGGAUAAAUCGUGCAUGAGCAAAUCGGAUUCCCGGCGUAAAAAGAUGAAGAUUUCUUUCAACGAGACCAGCCUGCAGACAAUGUUUGAAUAUCCAUCAGAGAGCUCCUUGGUGGAGGAGGAGGAGGAAGAGGAAGAGGAGGAAGAGGAUGAAUAUGCCACAGAGGUGGAUGAGACUCCGGCCUUGUUCACUCCUCUCUCAAGCAGUACCGUGCAUUCAACCAACUCAGGUUUAUCAAGCUACACUCCAAAGCACUCUGGAGAAGUCAGCCUGUGGCACGAGCAGCAAUACCAGGAGCUGCCCACAAGCACAGGAGCCUUUCCACAGAAUGCUGACCUACCGGGCAACCAGGUCAUGCUCACCCCAGCAGACAAGAGCAGCCUCUCCGACUUCAGUAGUGAACCGGCGCUUUACUUCUAACCUCUCCUUCUGAGCUGGCGCUGAGAGGAGACCACUUCAGUGCCUCGUGGUGUCUGCAGAGGAGCCGUGUGGGAGACCAGGCCGAGCCUCUUUCCCCUUCUCAGGUGCUGAGACACCAUGGAAAGGACCCUGCAUUUACACUGGAUGCCGGAGCAUCCCUUGCUGUGAGGCAGCUCGAUUUUCUUUAACCUGUGGCCUUCAUGGUUUCUUCUCAUGACUCGGCUUCGAGUGCAAACCCCGUGGUCAGGGACCGGUUCAAGAGGAGACUCGACCAGGAAUGUAUUGCCAAAGACUGGCUGCCGCUGCUCCUCCUGCUUGGCUGGGCAACUCCCGUUGGCUGGACGUGUUUCAGUGGGCUCAGCAAUGAGCUCGGCGCCGAGUCUCGGUGAAGACGGUGCAAGUCUUAGCAUUCACCUUGGGGAGCUGAUGCUCCGAAAGGCCUCCCCAGUCUCGCUUUUGGGUUCUUUCACUGCGCAGAGAAUGAAGAAUGACACUGCCUGUUCUGGUCAGCUGAUGCAAGCAGUGGAAAGAGAUAGAAGAAACUGUUCUGUCGUCUUUAGGAAUAAAACCUGGGAGGCGCCCCCUGUGCCUCCAGGGCUGACCAGGGAUACUUCGUUUGACCUGCAAGAAGUGCACUGAUUUCUACUGAUGUGUAACGGGAAGGGCUGUGGCAAUACUCAUUGGUCGUUGUUGUGAUGAAGCCAUAGAGCACGCAAGGGCUGGGGGACAGGACUUCGAGGCCCCGCUUGGCCCUAAAGCUAACUAGGUGGCUUUGAGCAACUCGCCGUUGUUCAAAUUCUGGGAUCACUGUGACUCGAAAUAGCUUUAAGGGAUGCCUGGCCAUGCGGCAAUGGCUGGCAAGUGCCUGCCAGACUGGUGGCCUUCAGCUGCCUGAGGCCGAGUCCUGCUGCAGAACACCCCCCUGGCCAGGUCGGCACAGUUCCUCACUGUGUAUGGCUGAAGCUCCAGCCGACCAGCUGUGCACAUAAACUUGCCACGCCAGGGCUCCUGAGGAAGUGCUAAGUACAACUUCCGCUGAUGGGAAGCAAGAUGGCUGCCGCAGAGCCAAGAUUUCCUGGCCAAGUCAGCCUAGUUUCUGGGAGGGUGAAGGGAAUCCCACGACUCUCAGGUCCUUCCUCUCCACAUUCCAAUUAUGACUCCUUGCUACCAUGUUCUCCUGAAAUAGCUGACCUGGCCUCCUGAAAGAGGAUUAGGCUUCUUGGGGAUUGUGUUGCAAUAGCUGUUCUACUGGCCGACUAGUCCUUUCCUGCUGUCAUGGAAGCAAGAUUAAGUACUGUAUCUGUAGCCCCCAUGUGCUGCUUCGGAAGCAGUAAUAAGGUUGAUGUUGCUGCUGGGGAUGUAAAUGUCUCCUUUGUGAUCAUUGUGUUCCUAAAGGACUGAGAUUUCUGCUCUAAAACCUAUUUUUGUUAGUUUCCUUUCAUAUGUCAAAUCAAGGUGAAUUAACGUACUGUGGUGAAUUAAAGAAUGUUAUGUAUUUUGCACUUGGCAACCAUUUAUUAACGGAGGGAGCUGGAGUUCCAGAUCACGUGCUCAGUUGACUGCUGUGGCUGGAGGGGCCAAACUACUGAACUUAUUGUUCCUCCUUCCCUCCUGAAUGGUAUCGCUUUGUGCUUCCAAAGUUCAUUAAACAACACACGUGAUUCCUUCA